UCCGUGUGUGUUUCUGGUCUCUCUAUUGGCGCGCAAGCCGCUCAGUCUCAGCUCGUCGGCCGCCGUGUACGGAUCCAUCGAGCACGCUCGGCCGAUCGACGGUGUCACACGCAUCGGUGUUUACUUCCGGCCUGGAUCGUGGCAAGCAGAGAGAGAUCGUUCACCGGAAAUGUUGACGGAACGAGCCAGGCACGGGGUACGCGGUGCCCGCGUGCCGAUCGCGCUCUCCUGAGCGGAACCCGGUCCCCUAAAACUUCCUGGUGGCCCGCCUAAGGGCGAGAUCGUCUCCACCCCUUGGCCGUCGUCUCACCCCCCACCCCCUCUAUUCUGUCUUUAUCCCUCGUCUUUCUUUAUCUGUCUAUUCUACGAUCCCCGAGAGAAAACCUCCGGCGAAAGAGGACAGUGGUGGUUCUAUGCGGUCGCACGUGGAUUAUCGGCCCUGGUUACCGGAAUACGGAGUGCACAACCUCGUGAACGGAUCGACGUCGAGGCUGCGUCACCGUCAGUGAUCGCGAUCAACGAGGCGUUGAUCAACGCCGUUCGUUCCGUCGUAAAGGCGAACCGGUUCCACCGAUCGGGAAAGGUAGGUGCUCCGACGAACCGCGGGCCCAAUCGAUCCCACAUUUCGAUCCCUGCUGCACACCCUGGAUCAUUGGUAAAGCUGUUAACGAACGCCGGGAAGCGUCAGCGAUCGUCGUGGAACAUCGGCGAUCGUCGAGAAGCGUCAGCGAUCGUCGACGAACUCGGACGAACGACAACGAACAACGCACUCCGAUCGUGGAGACACGCGGUUUUCGUCGUCAGGGUCGCUCCGGUGUUGGCGAACCAACGAUCGGGGUAAUUGGAAACGUAAUCGGUAGCGGAUCACCGGCUGAGAAGCUGUUAGCGUACGCUGAAACCUUCCAGCAGGAGCAACGAGCUCGGCUGCGCUUCAGCGUCAGGAUCGCGCCUGAACGUGACCUUGCCCGAGCUGAAGCCUGCGCGUCGCCAUCAGGACCAUCGGGAGGGUUCUCCGACGAUGUCGACCCUGAUCUGUUGCGAGCCGGUGUCCGCGGGCCGGUCUCGGGACAACCUGAAGUUGGUGUUGAACCGUAGUCUGAGCGAGCCCGGCCCACCGGCCGGGGCGUCCAGCUUUCUGUCGUCGCCUACGUCGACGGUCUCGCCGAGCUCGUCGACGUCUAGCGGCGUGGACAUCGUCGACGGUAGCGACAGCGCGAACUGCAGCCUGAACGCCAGCGGCAGCAGCAUCAGCGGCUGCAGCAGCUCUAGCAGCGGCACCGACUGCGACCUUCCCUUGGUCGACGUGCACCGGCACUACCAUCUGCACCAUCAUCAUUUCCAUCAGCAUCAAUUGUCCGCCUCGAAACGCUGCAAACUGGAGACGGUCAGCCUGCCCGCCAGCCCCUGCAACGAGAAUAACACGCUGCAGAGGCAGCUGGUGCUCCAGAGGACCAGGACCAUCUCGGCCGACGACCUGGCGCAGCGGCUUCUCGGGCACCGUCAGCCCGACAACCCUACCGUCCUCCUCGACUGUCGACCUUUCAUCCUCUAUAAUGUGAACCACGUCAGAGGCGCCAUCAACGUAAACUGCUCCGACCGGUUCAACCGGCGCAGGCUUCAGCUGGGAAAAGCUACCCUCGCUGACCUGGCUACCACCAGGGAGGGCAAGGAGCUUCUCAGGAAACGUCACUACAGAGAGGUGGUGCUGUACGAUGAUUGCACCGACGAUGUGGAUCGCCUGCCUGUCCAGCACCCGCUGUUCCUCGUCCUGGUUGCCCUGCUGGAUGACAACAGGGAGCCUGCUCUUCUUCUCGGUGGACACAAAGAAUUUCACAGGCGGCACAGAGAUCUCUGCGAGGACACGUUGCUCCCAGCAGGCGGAUCGGGUUCGUCGGCAGUCAGUGGUUGCCCCAGUCCCGGACCAGGUUGUCCAGUGUUGAGUUUAUCUGGUCCACCAACCCCUCAACCCGCUGACAUCGACAACCACCCUGCGUCACGAGUUCUGCCCUUCCUUUACCUUGGGAACGGCAGGGACGCGGCAGAUCUUCAGCUUCUUCGAGCAGUGGGCGUCACUAGGGUCCUCAAUGUCACUUCACAGUUGCCUGGUUAUCACGAGGAGAGGGGUAUCACCUACAGGCAGAUCCCUGCCUCGGACUCCGGUCAUCAGAACCUUAAACAGUACUUCGAGGAAGCCUUCGACUUCAUCGAGGAAGCUCGAAAAUCCGGAAGCAGCGUGCUGGUGCACUGUCAAGCGGGCGUGUCGCGCAGUGCAACGAUCGCGAUUGCAUACAUUAUGCGGCACAAAGGUCUGUCGAUGGUGGAGGCCUACAAGCUGGUGAAGAACGCGCGUCCGAUCAUCAGCCCGAACCUGAACUUCAUGGGCCAGUUACUAGAGCUCGAGCAAGGUUUGAGGGCGUCCGGUGGCAUGGCAUCAGCCCCCGAGGAGCCAAAGAGCUGCCAUCAGUGUCGUUGGUCUCAUCAGCAGAACAGCGAAGAGGUGACCUCCGGUUGCAGCGUCUGAGGUCACGCGACGACAGGUUGGAGCCGCGUUCCGUAUCCUCCUGGUGGCUCAGCCGGAAGAGCCAAGGAUCGCGAGGCCGACCGGCGUCGAACGAAACUCUGAUACAUAUCCUGUACAUCCGCGCGAGUCGAGGUCGUUCUUCCUGUUCGCGAACCAAGACAACGGGAGAAGCAGACGAAGAAGAACCUGAAGAACUCGGAUCUAUACUAUAGAUUUGCUACUAUAACACGUGCCUUGGCGAUCGCCCGAAACCCCGGACAAGGGAAAGGCUGAUUCACAGAGACCGAUUAUUACUUCGAAAUCGACCGGAUAACUUAUUUCAGUGGGUAGAAGAGAGAAAGAGAGGGAGAGAGAGAGAAGAAGAAGAAGAAGAAGAAGAAGAAACGAAGAGAGAGAGAGAGGAAAUUCGAACUCGCCGGCGCGGCGGGAAUUAUUUAUUUCGUCGGAGAGAGAGAGAGACUCGGUGCAAGAGAAGAGAGAGGUGUACUUACGACAGUGUUCCGAGGCGUCAAAGGUCCAAAAUGCGUCCAUCAGAUUCAGCGACGCGAUCUUUUCAUUUUUACCUCUUCGGAAAACGAUUUUCUAUAUGUAUCUAAAAAGACUCUUUUAAGUUGCGAACAGCCCUGUUUCGUUGUUAUGUGUAUAGUUUCAGUUUUAAUCGGGAUCUUAGAGGUACCUUGCUUAGGGACACUGGUGUUGUCGGAAAGGGUGCGUUUCGAAGAGGAGAGAGAGGGUUGCGCCCCGGGUACGCAGGGCAGUCGUCGCGUCGACGACGAAACACGGUCGAACGUGCUUCAAUUGAGGUCAAUAACAAUUCAUUGCGUUCUGAUCACUCGGGAUCGGUGCCGCCGGGUCAAGGUUCACCAGCGGUCGGAGAAUCGGUCAUCGAACAGUCCCGAGUUCCAUUCGAUUUUUGACGAACUUGGAACGUUUGAUAAUUAUCGAUUUCGUCACCGCUGCGGAUGGAUCAAGGUUUAGUGAUCCCUGGGUGCUCGAGGCGCGGUGGAUCACUAUGUUUGCGUUUUUCUUUUCUUUUUUGCCUUUGCCUAUUUGUAUCUGUAUUCGUAUAUUACACACUACUCGAUAGCGAGGUGGUUUAUAUUUGAUAAUGGAUAAUUGUGUAUCGUUAAUCGGAAGAUUUAACUUAACCACGAAGCGCGGUCCGUAGCAUUUAAGGAUCUGGUUGAGAUCCAACCAUCGUGAUCAUCUAGUCGUUUGUCGGGAUGUAAUUGAUUUACUUUAAGGUGCGAACGAGAGUGAGAGGCAAGGAGAGCAUGACGGAGUAAAUGGCCCCGCACACGUGCGCGCAUACAACACGCCGAUUAAUUUAGCGUAAACGGAACACGUCGUCGAGAGACUCGAAGAACGACAAGUAUACGAUUAUUUUCGUUCUGUUUUUCUUUUUCUUUCUUUUUUACCGAGCCAAUUUUUAGUUCGAAUUUCGACGAGUUCCGAGCUUCGAUGCAACGACGAAAUUUAUUGUGCGAACGUCGAACGAGAUAAGCGAGAAAUUUAAUUUUCACACUGCACCUUUCCGAAUCGGUCACACGAAGCGCAAGAAUGCAAUAUCCUAAAGUUUCCUAUGAAAUUUUAAUUUCAUAGCAUCCUCAUUAUUGGACUAGUACAUUUGUAACAAAGAAACCGCAAAACAAAAUAUCCAACACACUUCAGCAUUCAGACGUAGACCUAGGUCUAAAUUAAGUCUAAUUGCUAAGUCAAGUUAUUAAAAUAUUGCUCUGGACAUUCGAACAGAUAAUUGAGAUAGAAGGAUAAUUAUAUUUUGAGCCUUCACGUGACCGAGAUGAUCGAGUGCAAUGAAUGAAGGGGAAUCUUCUUUGACCCAAGUUUUGUCGAUCCACGCGCAUCUUUGAAUAGAAAUCGUGCUCGAAGAAGAUCGCCUGUGCGAUCCACACGAGCGGCCAUUUUGUAUAUUACGUUCGGAUGCGUUAGAACAGUUUCCGGUCGCCUUUGAGCCCACGUAUGUAUCUUAGCUUUGUAAUACCGCUUUUAUUUGAACCGACGAGUCACCCUCGCGUGUCCGCGCGAAGAACGAACGAAAGAAGGGAAAAGUAUCCAGUUUGAUCGUCGAAAUACCUCGAGGAACGGCGGCCUACAGGACAAGAAGAAGACGAAGCCGUUGAUGUAGAAUGUAACAAAUGCGCGGAUACUAUUACGACAUACGACAAUCGCUGUUAAUCAAACCGAGCAGCUGUUCAAACAGGAAGGAAGAAACGCGGAAAAGUACGAAAGUAGGAUCGCUUUGAAAAACCGAUAUGCCUUUCUACGUUAGAGACUCAACUGUUGACAAUAAAAGCUCGAUAAGCUAGUGAGCGAACGAGAGAGAAAGAGAAACCUAUGUUUGCGUGUGAAGAAAGUAAAAGAUGGGUUCAUGGUAAUGAAGUACACGAGACAGAGUAAGUUCCUUCAAGUAUUCUCUAAUUCUCUCGAAGAAGAAGAAGAAGAUAAAACGGUACAUAUCAAAGAGACGUCGCCUUUAUUUUCCCUCUUGAACGGACCAUGGACGAAACGGAGUACCAGCGGAAGCUGCGGGCGUCCUAUGAGAUCUAUGGUGGUCGCGACGCCAACCCCCAUGGUCUUUGUAAAAAGUGUAGCGAAUAGCGUUGUACAUAGAAACAUAAUAUCGCAGAGCGAAGGCAGACAGGCGGAUCGCGGACGGAAACGAAGUGAUUAAGCACUGUGGAAAAAAAUUGAGAGAGGAACAGAUGUGUAGAGAGAGGGAGAGAGGGAGAGGCGGAAGAAGGCCAUGAGCGUGUAGUACCUGUUGCGUCGUAAGAAUGUAUAUGUGUAUGUAGUGUUUACUGGAUUGUGGAAGAACUUUAACAAUAAAAUUGUAUAUGUCGACCUGCGAUAAA